AUGAGCCAUGAGAACGUUCUGUUUGAGCCAGAGACUCUACCAGUGGAUGAGUUUGAGGAGUACGAGCUUGAAGACGAAGCGCUGAUCGUUGAUGCCGCUAUCCACUCCGUCUCUUCGCAACAUGCGUGUGCUUACUGUGGCAUCGAUUCGCCAACGUGUGUGAUCAAGUGCAACAGCUGUCAGAAGUGGUUUUGCAACUCGAAACAGGGCACGGCGAGCUCUCACAUUGUGAAUCACCUGGUGCUGUCGCAUCAUAACGUUGUGUCGCUGCAUCCGGACUCGGACUUGGGCGAUACCGUGUUGGAAUGCUAUAACUGUGGUUGCAAGAAUGUGUUCCUGUUGGGGUUUGUCUCUGCGAGAGGCGAGGCGGUUGUAGUGCUGUUGUGUCGUAUACCUUGCGCGCAGGCGAAGAACGCUAAUUGGGACACUGACCAGUGGCAGCCUCUGAUAGAGGACAGACAGUUUCUGAACUGGGUGGCUGAGGAGCCGAGCGACGAGCAGAAACUGAAGGCAAAGUUGAUUACGCCGUCGCAAAUGUCCAAAUUAGAAGCCAAGUGGAAGUCCAACAAGGAUGCUACCAUCAAUGACAUCGACGCUCCCGAAGAGCAGGAGGAAAUCCCGCCGAUUCUACUAAAGUAUCAGGACGCGUAUGAAUAUCAGAGAUCUUUUGGACCGCUGAUCAAACUGGAGGCCGACUACGACAGACAGUUGAAAGAAUCGCAAGCCUUGGAGCACAUCUCUGUGACGUGGUCGCUGGGGUUAAAUAACAGGCAUUUGGCCUCGUUUGCGCUAUCCACUUUUGAAUCGAAUGAGUUAAAAGUGGCAGUCGGAGAUGAAAUGUUUUUAAGAUACUCCGGUUUACAACAUCCAGAAUGGGAAGGAAGAGGAUACAUUAUUCGUUUACCCAAUAGCAUGCAGGACGAGUUUACUUUGGAGUUAAAACCAAGUAAAAAUCCACCACCAACUCAUUUGAGUACCGGGUUUACGGCAGAGUUUAUAUGGAAAGGUACUUCUUACGAUAGAAUGCAAGACGCAUUGAAAAAAUUCGCGUUGGAUAAGAAAUCUAUCUCCGGUUUCCUUUACUACAAGAUCUUGGGCCAUCAAAUAGUGGAUAUCCAGUUCGACGUUCCAUUACCAAAAGAGUUCUCGAUAAAACACUUUGCACAGUUGAACGCAUCACAAUCACAUGCCGUGGAACACGUUUUGCAAAGACCGCUUUCUUUGAUUCAGGGUCCACCUGGUACAGGUAAGACUGUUACCUCUGCGACAAUAGUAUAUCAUCUAUCCAAACUGCAUCACGAAAGAAUCCUAGUGUGUGCACCUUCAAAUGUCGCUGUUGAUCACUUGGCAGCAAAAUUACGUGAUUUGGGUUUGAAGGUGGUAAGAUUGACAGCGAAAAGUAGAGAGGACGUUGAGAGUUCAGUGUCAAAUUUGGCUUUACACAACCUAGUAGCAAGGUCUUCCAAAGGUGAAUUGAAGAAGUUACUGAAGUUGAAACAAGAGGUUGGUGAAUUAUCUAUUGGGGAUACAAAGAAGUUCGUCAAAUUGGUGAGAAAGACAGAAUCGGAAAUCUUGAAGAAAGCUGAUGUCGUUUGCUGUACUUGCGUCGGUGCAGGAGAUAAGAGAUUGGACACAAAAUUCAGAACUGUCCUAAUUGAUGAAAGUACACAAGCAUCUGAACCAGAAUCUCUCAUUCCGAUCGUUAAGGGUGCCAAGCAAAUUAUCUUGGUCGGUGAUCAUCAGCAAUUAGGCCCCGUUAUCUUGGAGCGUAAGGCUGGGGAUGUAGGCCUAAAGCAAUCGCUCUUCGAAAGAUUGAUCUCACUCGGUCAUGUACCAAUUAGAUUGGAAGUUCAGUAUCGUAUGAAUCCAUAUUUGAGUGAGUUCCCAAGUAAUAUGUUUUACGAAGGAAGCUUGCAGAACGGUGUUACUAUUGAACAGCGAACCGUAUCUAAUAGUACGUUUCCAUGGCCCAUUCAUGAGAUUCCGAUGAUGUUUUGGGCUAAUUAUGGUAGAGAAGAGAUCUCAGCCAAUGGAACUUCGUAUUUGAAUAGAAUAGAAGCGAUGAACUGUGAGAGGAUAAUCACAAGACUUUUCAAGGAUGGUGUAAAGCCCGAGCAAAUUGGUGUUAUCACACCUUAUGAAGGUCAAAGAGCAUUUGUGCUGCAAUAUAUGCAAAUGAAUGGAUCGCUGGAUAGGGAUCUCUAUCUGAACGUGGAAGUCGCUUCCGUCGAUGCAUUUCAAGGUCGUGAGAAGGAUUAUAUUAUUCUAUCAUGCGUUCGUGCUAAUGAGCAACAAAUCAUUGGUUUCUUAAGCGAUCCCCGUCGUUUAAACGUGGGUCUAACUCGUGCCAAGUAUGGUCUUGUGAUCUUAGGCAAUCCAAGAGCCUUAUCAACAAAUGUUUUAUGGAACCAUCUCCUGAUCCACUUCCGUGAGAAGGGCUGUUUGGUUGAGGGAUCAUUGAAUAAUCUACAACUAUGCACAGUGCAAUUGACCAGGAAUAGGCCGAGCAAGACCAGCGCCAGUCGGUUUUCAUUCAAUGUCGACGCCCGGGGAUUUUCCAGCGAUCAGGAUUUUGAUACUCAAAGCUUGAUGUCGUUUGGUGGUCAAGCCGAUCCAUUUAACAAAGCUGGCUUGGCUGCUGCUAGCGAGCUUUCAUCAUUCUUAAACAAUCAAAUGUGGAAUUCGGAUUACCAGAUUAGCAGCGAUAAGAAGAAAGCCAGUACCCAGGAGCCGGAAACGGAACGUUUGCGCAAAGGUAUAGACUCUUUGAAUAUAUAG